AGUGACAAUUUGUGCGAUCUCGGCGGCAGACGAGAGAAGAGUUUCCCACCAACGCUCGAUCAACCAGCAGCGCCUUUUCUGUUCAUGGCUUUUCCACGUCGACUGGCUGACUGUCUGCACUUUUCGAGCUUUUUGAUUCAUACCACCUCGGUUCCCCAAGACUCUGGCCACUCGAAGACGAUCAGUGCACGUUGGUGCUUUGGUCUGAUCACUCGCGAUCGUGUCUCUCUUACAAUAAAUUUUACUCGAUUCACAUUACAAGCUACAAAAAUUCAACGUAACAGUGGCAUUUAUUUUUUUUCGGUUUAGUGUUAAGUGUUUUCUUGUAAGAAAAUUUAGAGAAUAAGCAUAAAGUUCCGGGAUUGUAGGCUUAGAACUUCUUCGAGAAAAAAAUAGAUAAAUUGGCAAAUCUCAUUAAAAUUAGCAAGUGUUACAUCGCCAUGCAUUUUGGCGUUGGGACGUAAAAAUGAUUUGUGCUUAAGCUCAUUUGUGUGUUGAGUCAUUAUAAGAGAGUGGAGAAACUUGGAGUUGCAAAAGAACUUCCUAAAGAAAGUGAUACUUUGGAAGCAAAUAUUAAUCUUCUCGGUGGACUGUGUUGUGCUAAAAAUGAAGCUAAUCAAUUUCUUAGCCAUUUGUGCCUUUCUGUGUAUUUUCCCCGCAACAAUAUUUGGACAAACUUUCAAAGGCACACCAAUUAAUCAGCGGCCUGUGGGGUCCCAUAGGGUGUUUCCGAGGACAGAUUUCUCCUGCCGGGGCAGACCCGCCGGCUAUUAUGCCGACAUCGAGACCGGCUGUGAGAUCUACCACAUGUGUGACGGUCUAGGUCGCCAAUUCAGCUAUGCCUGUCCCAACACAACUCUCUUCCAGCAACGUAUGCUGAUCUGCGAUCAUUGGUACAUGGUGAACUGCUCGCGCGCCGAGAGCAACUAUGCCGCCAACUUGCUGAUCGGUCAGCGUGAUAAGCCAUUUGUGGGUGAGGAAGAACAUGAACUACGGACACCACGGCCAGAUCUUCUCGAUCGCCCCUAUUCACCAGACUAUUCCGGCGAAUCCUUCCGCAGGCAUUUCAAGACCACUCCAGCGGUUCAGAAUACGAUUUUGGGACGAAAUAGCCAGCCAAAGGCCUCGUCAGGCAAGACAAUUGAGGGUGAGGGUUCUCUGGAGACAGCCCAUUCAAAUUACCAAGGACCUCAGCUCUUCUUACCGAUUCACUGGAGCACAAAAAAUGGUAAUGGAGGUGAUGCAACGGCUUCUGUGCGGCGUGAUGUGAAAAAUGAUGAAUUCGUGCCGGGCAAUCGUCGAAUGGAUGACGCUGUGGCUGAAACAUCUGAUAAAGAUGGCAAGGCUGAGAUCAUUGUAUUGCCGUCGCCAUCGGGAUUUACUGUACCAUCGAAACCCGUGCCUACAGCACCACCCGUGAAAAAUGGAUCAGUGAAAAAGCCCUCAUUGCUGUAUGAACCUCCAUUCCUCCUUCCAGACUACAAUAGAAAUUUCCGGCCACCAGCAACAACUCCUCCACCUUCGCCCAAUACACCACAGAUUCAGAGCACGGGAAAACCAUUUACAGCGUCAGGUGUGAAGGAUACGGUCGAUGAGAAGGUGUCAAAGACACGAAAUGCACCCCGAACGGAACCACCAGUAACUGCUACACCGAGAAUUCUUUCUCAGAAUCCCUUCAUUGCCAAUUCCCUGCAGAAGACAAAACCCACAGUUGCAACGCAACAAUUGAAUAAUAGGCCUAAUCCGAGUGUUCCUGAACCAGCCCGGGAUCUCUUGCCUCCACGAAUAGAUGUUAGGAAGCAUGAUGAUGCCACAACAGAAGGUCCUCCAAUCUACUAUGAAUGGAAAUGGGCAGUUCCUGCUUUUGUGCUGGAGCCGCCUAAGCCGGCAAAUAACUCCACGGGAUCGGCAACUAAACGAGAGCAAGGAGUUCCUCCUGCAGUACCCACAAAAUUUGCCCACAAUCCUUUCCUUCAGCGGGCUUUUUCGAAUGGAAAAGCCACAACGGGCAAUACGUCGUCUGAGCGAAGUCCCACAGCACGAGCAUUUUCUGGAUCUGUGCCGAAAAAUUCAGGCACAUCUACAGAGAAACCCAAACGCCUUGAACCCACUCAUGACUAUCAAGAGUUGAAGAAGACAUUUUUGAUUCCGGACUUUCAAUUUCCACUGGAAAAGGAUGCAAGAACAGGUUUUGAUCAGAAGGAAGCCAAAAAUUCCUUCCAACUCAUAAUUCCGUCAAAGAGUGACAAACCCUGGUAUGGAGAAAAUCCUAAAUGUCCAGAUUGCCAUCCAGCAUACGUUCAACCAGGCACCUGUGAGCCCUGCAUUCGGAUUAGAUAAUCCCUCUGGGAGGAGAUGGUACAAGAAGUAAUAAUUUAGAGAUGUCUCAAGUAGCCAGUCAAACAAGUCUAUUACGCUAAGUUCUGUGUAAAACACAAAAUACUCUUGAAUAUUUGCAAUACUGGGAGUAAAUUGGUCAUAACUCAGUGACAAAACCAUGUCUAUAAAAUUAAAAACGUGUAAUUUUAGUAAUAAAAGACUUACAAAUUGAUAA